GUGGAAAAGGCAAGAAAAUUUCGACAAAUGAUAAAGGAGUUGGUGCCACUAGGAGGGGCAAAUAACCCUGCUGAUUUCUUGCCCAUAUUGAGGUGGUUUGAUUUUGCUCACUUGGAGAGCAGGCUCAAGAGUUUCGCCAAGAGAAUCGAUGGGUUCUUGCAAGGACUCAUUGAUGAGCAUCGAAAUGCAAAUCAGAGAGCAAAUACUAUGAUCGAUCAUCUCUUGAGCCUCCAAGAAUCGCAGCCUGAGUACUACACGGAUCAAAUUAUUAAGGGCCUCAUUUUGGUUAUGCUUCUUGCUGGAACGGAUACAUCAGCUGUGACUUUAGAGUGGGCAAUGUCUAGUUUAUUGAACAAUCCUCAUGUGUUAGAAAAAGCAAAGAAAGAAAUAGACACAUAUAUAGGGCAAGAACGAUUAAUAGAUGAGCCGGACAUCUCGAAACUACCAUACCUGCAAAGGAUUGUCUCUGAAACACUUCGACUGCAUCCAGCUGCACCAUUGUUGGUUCCACAUGAGGCUUCAGAUGAUUGCACUAUUGCAGGAUAUAAUGUUCCACGAGGCACUAUGGUAUUAAUCAAUGCCUGGGCAAUUCAUAGAGAUCCCCAAGUGUGGAGUGAUCCUACAUGUUUUAAGCCAGAGAGGUUUGAGAAAGAAGGAGAAGCAAACAAGCUGAUUCCAUUUGGGUUAGGAAGACGAGCAUGUCCUGGCUCAGGAUUGGCUCAACGAACUGUAGGAUUAACUUUGGGAUUGUUAAUUCAAUGCUUUGAUUGGAAACGAGCAAGUAAGGAAAAAAUUGAUAUGAGAGAAGGGGAGGGAUCACCAUGCCAAAAAUUAUUCCUCUAGAAGCCAUGUGUAGAGCACGCCAUCCAAUCAUUGAUGGGCUUUUUUCUUAAAAUGCUGUAGAUGAUAGCUAUGUUAAGGAAUUGCAUCCAUAGGCGUGGGGUUGUGUGUGGGUGGGAGUUUCAUGCUAUAAAAAGUGCAUUUUUAGUAGUUGAUAUAAUUUAUUGCAAUAAGUGAAUGGGGACAUCUACAUGUAUACCAACAAUUCCCUUCUAGUUUUUAGUUUUGCAUGCUUUGUAUGGAU